GUGGUGAUAGUAGUUGCUGGUCUCAUGGCAACUGCAACUGGGACUCCAAUCAGCGAUUGCUCCGCUCGUUUCCAGCAAUCUCUUACGGAAGUGCUACAGCUAAAGAAAACAUGUGCCACGGCUAUGUACAAGGACUGUUGCCAGAUAGCACAAAUGUCCAAAACAUUUGACCACAACCUGGAGUCUGGAGUCUAUGACAUCAACGAUGUCUGCCACACAACUACACCAUUCGGCCUGGACUUCUCCCCAGUGCAAGUACGCUGUAACAUGGAGAGUGGUGAUGGUGGAUGGACCGUUCUCAUUCGAAGGACACCGGAUGUUGCUGAACGAUUAUCUUUUGACAGGAAUUGGGUGGAAUAUGAGAAUGGAUUCGGGAACCUGAGUGGCGAGUUCUGGUACGGACUAAAGAACAUGCACUGUCUUACAAAUCCAGAGCCAAUGGAGGUUGAAGUUGAAGUCAGAAAAACUGACGGCACAAAAUUGAUAUUAUCCUAUGGUCAAUUUCAAGUUGAAGGACCCGGCACUAGCUACAAAUUGCAAGUUUCUGAUCAACAACACACUGGAUUUGACUUUCUUGGAUACUAUCACACUGGAUUGAAGUUUACUACAAAAGAUAUAAACGGCGGAAACACAUGUGCUGCACGAGCCAAGGGAGGCUGGUGGUUCAGUGCCUGCUAUAACAUUGAUCUAACUUUAGACCCUCAUCCACAGCUCUUUCAAAGAAGUACUGGAGCUUACAUGCCAUUUGAUUAUGCUGAGUUGAGAGUGCGUGCUAAGACAUGUACAGUAAAGGCAGCUCCACCAACGUGCGAGUAACUUAAUUGUGCUCUCAUUGUGAAAAACUGUGAACAGACAGAAAACUAGAAUUUUAGCUGA